GAUGGAUCCAAGUGUAAGGAGGAGAAAGUUCCUACAGAUGGAUCCAAGUGUAAGGAGGAGAAAGUUACUACAGAUGGAUCCAAGUGUAAGAAGGAGAAAGUUACUACAGAUGGAUCCAAGUUUAAGGAGGAGAAUGUUUCUACAAAUGGAUCCAAAUGUAAGGAGGAGAAUGUUUCUACAGAUGGAUCCAAGUGUAAGGAGGAGAAAGUUCCUACAGAUGGAUCCAAGUGUAAAGAGGAGAAAGUUCCUACAGAUGGAUCCAGUAACAGAAACCCACCAGAGAAAUGUCCCCAUCCUCUGUAUUCCUGGGAUUCCACACAGGAAGAUCAUAUCACCCCUCACCAUCAUCAGGGUGAAGAUCUGAACCUUAAAGCAAAAUGUAUAGGUGAAGAAGAAGUGUGUAUGGAGGUUGACCCGCCAUGUGAAGAGAACCGAGUUCCUCCUGAGAUCUGCACAGAUGGAUCCAGCAGGAGAAUUCUACCGGAGAAACGUCACCAUCGUCUUACUACACAGAAAGACCUCAGCAUUCCUCACCGUGAUCAGGAUGAGGAAAUGGACAAUUUCCAGGUAGUCGUAAUUAAAGAAGAAAAAGAGGAGAACUUGGCAUUUCCCAUGAUGACGAGGGAGGAGGAAAUUCCAGCAGAGAUCGGGACAGAUGGAAACUACAUCAGGAAAACUGCAGACAGAUAUCUUAGCUCUUCACAGAAUCAUGUCAGUCAGAAUAGUGACGUCUCUCCAGAAUCCCCAGAAAAUUUCCUCUACACUCCGGAUAUAAAUCUGGGACUUUACAUUGCUGACAUAUCCCCCGAUUCCGGCAAGAGCAGCGGGGGGAACCGGGGAGACCGGUUAUAUCGCUGCUCUGAGUGCAAUAAGUCUUUUUGCCAGAACGCCGCCCUCGUCCGGCAUCAGAGGAACCACACCGGUGAAAAACCCUUCCCGUGUGCGGAAUGUGGGGGAAGAGUUUUACCCGUAAGUCGAUCCUGGUGGAACAUCGGAGGAUUCACACGGGCGAAAAGCCGUUCUCCUGUUUGGAGUGCGGAAAGUGUUUCACGCAGAGAUCAGGUCUCCUCAUUCACCGCAAGACCCACAGAGGCCCCAUGAAAUUUCCAUGCAGCGGGUGCGGGAAUUUUUUUGCGCUGACGAUAAACACCGACACGGGGCAGAUAGAGACCUUCUGCACCACCUGCCGAAAAUCUACCCUCCCCCCUCCUAUUUCGCCUAUUUUGCCUGAGCCCAGUAGACACAAGGCAAAAGAGAGAGACAUCCCAUACGUAGCAGAAGAGAUGGUCAUCCCAGAUCAGGAGAGUGGCAAAAACAUCACACAGGAGUCUAAAUUUCUCAGCCAGUAUAAAAUUCCCACGGGGGAAAAGCGGUACACAUGUACCGAGUGCAAAAAAAGCUUCACACGGAAGUCCAUCCUGGUGGAGCACCAGAGAAUUCACACAGGGGAGAAGCCGUUCUCCUGCUCCCAGUGUUGGAAGAGCUUCACACAGAGAUCCGGCCUCCUCAUACACCGGAGGAUUCAUGCCCGCGAGAAAAUAUAUUCGUGCUCAGAGUGCAGUUGCAUUUUUACCCAGAAGGCUAACAUUUUUUCUGGCGAAGAGAGUUCCUGCCCUGACUGCCGAAACUCUGCUACCCACAAGCUUUAG